AAAGUUAGAUAACUAAAACGAGAUCGGAUGGAAAAAAUUGUAAAAACUUCAUUUUAAAUGAGGAAAAUAAAAUCAUCUAAAAGUUUGGCUCACCACCUAGCUAGCUUACCUAUAUUUUAACCGUUUAUCAUACCUACUAGCAGAAAGUUAUGUUCAUUGUUCUGAUGGCGGGAAGUUUUAGGCAAAAAGUAAAACAGCAAUUGUUCUUCAUGCUUGAUGAAUAAAGGGCAGUUAAAUCAAGAAUUAGAAAUGGAAAUGGAAUUGCUGAGGUUGUCCAAAUUCAGUCUCCAGCUUCGAGCUCUCGUCACGGAAUCUCGCGAUCUCAGAGAGAGAAAUCGUUCCGCAACCGAACAAAUUCAUCUCUUAAUCCAGAAACAAAAGCAAACCGAGGAGGAAUACAGUAGAAAGUUACAAGAAUUGCAAGCCGAAGUAGCUUCGUGCAACGAAUCACAGCAAAAGCUUGAAAGAAAGGUGAGUUACCUUCAAAACGACAACGCUUUGCUUGAAAACAAACAAAAGGCGUUACAAGGAAUCAUCCAGAGCCUACUUCAGUCCAGGGAUAGCUUUAUAAAUGCAUAUCAGGAAUCUACUCAUGAAAUGAAACAGUCAAUUGAAGCUAGAGAUAGAAAAAUAGCUGUCCUAUCUGAGAAAUUGAACUCUCAUUUAUCACUAUUUGAUUCAAUAGAAAAGGAGGCAUUCUCUGUCAAGCAGGUUGUGGAUACUGUGGAAAGAAUUGUGAGUGAAAAAGAGGAAGUAGUUGCUGGAUUAAGGAGGGAAAUGGAUCAAGUCUCUGCAUUUGAAAAAGCAUUUGUUGAGAGGAUCAAUGACCUGGAAAAUAGGCUGAAAAAUGAUGGGUAUGAGUUUCAAAGAAAGAAUAAAAUAAUUUCAGAGCUAAAAGCACAAUUAGAAGCGGCAAAAAUCAGUGAUUGCAGCCGAGCUCAAAUUGAAGAGCUUCAGAAAACCAUAUCAGCAAAGGAUACUGUCAUACAGAAUCUAAUAUCUGAGAAAGAGGCAUUGCAUUUUGAGGUGAGAAGUUUGGCAAAUAUAUUACAGAAGAUCCAGAAUGCUGUUGCACAUAUGAAUGAAGAGGAUAGAAGUGCCGUCUCUUUGAAGCUGGAAAGUCAAGAAGAGUGCCAAAUGAAUACAUCAGAGGAAGAUAAUCGGAUUCAAGAUACAACUAAACACAGUGCUGAACAAUCUCCAAAUAAGACUUGCAGAAUGGAUCCUGCAGAGAAUAGAGCUUCGCAGCAGCUAUCUCAGGGGUAUAAUUCAACCAGCCACCAUUUGCAAGCAAACGAUACCUUCAACUCUUGUGUUACAGAGUCUGCCUGUUCUCCAGUUUGUUCUGAUCCGCAACCACCAGCUAAUGUUUUGAGUAUCUCUGUAAAUGGAAGAAUGGAUACGUGUGGAAUAUCAGUACAACAACUUGAUUCAGAGUGCUCAACCACCCAAGCAGAAACAUCCAAUAUCCAGGUUAAAUUCUAGUUUAGCAUUAUUUGUCAUUUUUAGAAGAUAGCCACUUUGAACAGUAUUCACAUACCUAUAUUUGUCUUUCAAAAUUUUGUUGGAAUCAAAUUUUCAUACCCGACUUGAAUUAUAUGCAGUCAUGGACAUUUUUUAAUCGAAAACAGAUGCAAGCUUAUAUAUAGAUUAUGUGA